CAUCAUCACCAUCAUUCAACCAUACAAACAAACAAGUUUCACCCUCCAAAGACCAAAAGCCAAAGACAACUCUUUACCUAUCCUCCACCAACAACAACACACUCAACCAAACUAAAAAUGCAACUCACCACCCUCCUCGCCCUCGCCACCGCGGCCGUGGUCCCAGCCCUCGGCGCUGUCAUUCCCAGAGCAGUCGGCAAAGCCACCGUCCUCAACCACUGCUCCAUCCCCGUGACCCUCUGGUCCGUGGGCUCCUCCGUCUCGGCGCCCGUCGCCCUCGCCGCCACCAACGGCACCUACAGCGAGGAAUUCGUCAAGGACCCCGUGACGGGCGGCAAAGCGCUCAAGAUCACCACCACAUCCGACGGCCUGUACACGGGCGCGCCCGAGCUCAUCCUUGCGUAUUCGCUGGACGGCAGCAACGUCUGGUAUGAUUUGAGCAGUGUCUUUGGGGACGCGUUCAAGGGACAUAAGGUCACGGUGACGGGCAAGGGCACCGGAAGCUGUGGGGCGAUUGAGUGGGCGGAGGGAACGCAGCCGGCGGGAAGCCAGACCAAGGUGUGUGGGAGCGCGGGGGAUGUGGUGUUGGAUUUGUGUGCUGCUUGAAGCAUCUGGGCAUGAUCGAGAAGAUCAGGGGAGGAAGAAUAGGCUACCUAAAAGCAUGGUGGAUCUAAUAUGGCUGUACAUAUAUGACGGAGGAAGAAACGACAUGAAGGGGAAGAUUGGCUUUUACGACUUAUGGAUGGCAUGAAAACACGAUCGAAGGACGGAGAAGUACAAGUACAUAUUUCCAAUAACGAAUCACGCACAUAAUAUCUAACAUCUUGUCGGACAUCCGUGGCAUGUAUUAACAAUUCCUGCAUUGUAUUUCGAUCCAAACACGUUCCCAAAGCCAUGUAUAAGGUAUAAACGGUGUCUUCUUCCACCACUUCUAUUCCUUUCUUUUCUUCUUCUUUAACCAAUUCAAGCAUUCUCACUUCUA